UAAUAGGGCAACCCAUUUUCCUUGUUUUGUUUUUUUUAUAGAAUAAACAACACAAUGAAGAAGUUUCAACAGAGGGCUUAUAAGCGUAGAUGGGCUGCCACAACUAGGCAUUUGAAGAAGCAAUGCCGACAGUCAACUUUAGAAUUAGAGAGUGAUGAUAGCGAGCAAGAGAAUGACACGACAAUCUUUACAACUCCAGAAACAGUGACAACCCUUCAGUACAUGGAUGCUGCGGAGACUGCUUACUGCACUGCCGCGGGUGCUGACAAUGCCACCUACAGUGGCCCUGAUAGUGAUGAGCCUGAUGAAAAUGAUGCUGAUUGGAGACUAAUCGACCAUCAUGUCACCUUGUCAUCUGAUUCAGAAAAUGAGAGUGAUAGUGACUGCUUUGAAGAUAUUUUGAGGUCUGGAUUAUUUUAUCUUCAGAAUAGCUUCUGCUAUUGGCCAAAGCCAAAUCCUACCCACUCCAGAAUCCGGAGAGCUGAGAUUCCUGACAAAGAAGUCUGGGAUAGGCUGCCAAUUCGGGUUUUCAGGAAAACAUUGACUGAAGACUUUGACAAGGCCCUUCAAUAUGAAAAACAAGCUGAAAUGUUUUCGAGCCCAGAGGAAGAAGAAAUGUCAACCAAAUGGAGCCACAUCACCCCUGAACGUUAUAGAAACGAUGAGGAAGAUGUGUUUGAUGCUGACGGCGAAGAGGAAAUUCGGCCAAAAAAGAAGUGCAGAAAAGAGAAAUUACAGAUCCUCAUCCAGGCACCCCCACUGCCAGUGCUCCCACCAUUGAACUUUCCAAACUCCAGCGAGUACCAGACCACUUCAGCCAGUACCAGCCAAUACUACACCACUCCAAGGCAUCCAGGCCGACUUCACAGCCCAGCGAGAAGCAGCACUUACAGGCUCAGUCCAGACAAGGAAUCAUGCAUCCAGCUCAAGCCAGUACCAAACCACUCCAGCCAGUACGAGUCAGUACCAGACCACUCCAAGAAGCAGCAGGAAUGCCCUUGA